CCCCCCGCGCCUUCCUGCAAGGGAAAAGGGGGGCAUAUUCUGACACUCCCUUCUGCCUGGGUGGCGCCUCCUGGGACCUGAAUUUGGUAUCACUUCUAAUUUGGACAGACGGAACUUGGCCGAAGACCAAAGGAUUCCUUCCGAUCUCUUGGAGGCUUCCUGAGAACACAGAUGGAUGAGGAAGACUCAGCUGGCCCUGUAGCAGGAAGAAGCCAUGCCAUGGAAACUGAGAGCAGUGGGGGAUUAUGGGAAAGCUCAGUGCAGAAGAUCCUGGGUGAGGAGGACACCCUCCACUCAGAUGCGCAGAGCCAGCGGUUCAGGCAUUUCUGCUACCAGGAGUCCAAAGGACCCCGUGAGGUUUGCAGCCGACUCUACCACCUUUGCCAUGAGUGGCUGAAGCCAGAAAGGUAUACGAAAUAUCAGAUGCUGGACCUGGUGAUCUUGGAGCAGUUCCUGGCUGUCCUUCCACCGGAGAUGGAGAGCUGGGUGAGGGAAUGUGGAGCGGAGACCAGUUCCCAGGCAGUGGCCCUGGCCGAAGGAUUCCUCCUGAGUCAGGCAGAGGAGAGGAAGCAGGCAGAG